UUUGUGAUUAAUGCUACAUGUAUGACUGUUUGGAUAUGAUUGUGCAUUAAUUGUAACUGUUUCGUUGUGUUCAGGUAUUGGCUUAGCCAUGUGCAUGAUUAACAGCUUAGUAAAUAUCUACUAUCCUGUCAUCAUUGCCUACAUCUUCUACUACUUCUUCAUCUCCUUUGCGAGAGAGUUACCGUGGAAAUACUGCGACCCUGCCUGGGCCACCGAAAACUGUACCGACCAACGCACUCGGGCCACGAUGAAUGAAACCCUUAACGAAACCGUUGGAGAGUACAGUGUUAGCACGUGGUCAAUGACCACCAUGCUUCCAAAUGCCACCAACGGCUCCGAUGUUGAGGAUUAUGCCACACGACCUGCUCAAGAGUUUUGGGACAACUUUGUUCUGCAGCGUAGCUCUGGCCUUCAUGAGACCGGGAUCGUCCGAUGGCAGCUUUUUCUCUGUUUGGCUCUGGUCUGGAUUCUGACUUUUCUUGCUCUUGUCAGGGGUGUCAAAAGUGUUGGAAAGGUGGUAUACUUCACUGCUACCUUUCCCUACGUUGUGUUGACAAUUCUUCUGAUCCGUGGAUGUACAUUACCAGGAUCUCUAGAUGGUGUCCUUUACUACAUCAAACCUGAUUUCACCAGACUACGAGAUCCAAGGGUAUGGAAGGAUGCUGCAGCUCAAAUCUUCUACUCUCUUGGACCGUCCUGGGGUGGUCUUCUCACAAUGGCAAGUUACAACAAGUUCCACAACAACUUCUACAGAGAUGGUAUCAUCAUCGCCAUUCUCAAUUGCAGCACUAGCAUCUUUGCAGGGUUUGUCAUUUUCUCAGUCGUUGGUUUUAUGUCAUAUGACUCUGGACUCCCGAUUGAGAAGGUUGCUACUUCAGGGCCUGGUUUGGUGUUUGUUGUCUAUCCUGAAGCAUUAGCUCGUAUGCCUAUUGCUCCACUGUGGUCUGUCUUGUUCUUCUUUAUGUUUAUCACUAUUGGUAUGGACAGUCAGUUUGUUGAUUUAGAGACUGUCAUAUCUGGUCUGUAUGACAUAGUAGAAGAGAACAUCCCGUUCAUGAGAGGAAGAAAGACGUUAUUGACUGGAAUUGUCUCCUUUAUCACUUUCCUCAUUGGCAUCCUCCUCGUAACACAGAGUGGAAUCUAUUGGCUUACAUUGAUUGACAAUUUUGCAAGUACCUUUACCACGCUAUUAGUUGCUGUGUCAGAGUGUGUCGUUAUAUCUUAUGUGUACGGUGCUGGACGAUUUGUGUCAGAUUUGAAGGUAAUGCUUGGCUAUGGCAUCCCUAUUUACUGGAAGAUUGCAUGGAUGUUCAUUGCUCCAUUUGUCAUCGUGUUUAUUUUCAUCUUCUUCUGUGUUGUGUAUCAACCAUUGAUCUAUGAUGCAAGCUAUACAUACCCUCAGUGGGGUGAGACCCUAGGAUGGCUAAUGGCUCUCUCUGUUAUGAUCUUCAUCCCGGGAUACUUCGCCUUCUACUUCCUAUUCAAAGCAGAGGGAUCAGUUCGUCAGAGAUUGAAGGCAUGCACCUCACCAUCAGAGAAAUGGGGACCGUUACGUAACGAGGAUCGGUUGAAAGCAGGUUAUCCACUCCUUGAGGGUCAUGAUGCUGAGGAUAUCAACCAAGCUAAUAUUUAACAACCUCUGCCUACACUUUCAGCAGUGUGUUCACAUUGUAUUGCACUGGAUGUAAAACAGAGUACAAUUAUGGUUUCAGCUAUCUGUGACUUUGGUCUGCAUUUUAUAUGAUAGCUGUGUAGACAUGUUGCUGUAGUUCCCUUACAAUUUUUCUCAAAUGACAAGACCAACAAUAUCACAAUGAGGUAUUUCCAUUAUCAUAUUUUAAUUCUUUCCUCUCCAGCAAAACAAUCAUUCUUGAUGGAUAGAUUAUACCUUUCAUCUAUAGAGAUGGAAACUACAAUUGUAACACCCUAUGACUUCUGGUCAAAUUCAUAUUGGACACCCUUUGACUUCUGGUCAAAUCAAUAUUUUGAUUGUACUUAAAAUAGACUUCAGUAUAAUCUUCUUAAAUCACUCAAGGUCAUUUUGAUAUGGCAUAUCCUUUAAAAUUCAUUCUCAGGACUAUAACCCUUUAACCUUUUUAAGAUGGGGUCAAGAGAGCUUGAAUAAUUUAGCACAAAUAUGUAUAUUUAUUUUCUUUAAAGUUUAAUGUGUCAUAAGAGGAGGCUGAUUUAGUUCUUAUACUGGACGACUUAAUCCAUCACCUUCAAAGUCUUUUUUUUUCUUCAGAGUGUCCAUCUUCUUUUUGUUUUGGCGAUACCUAAAGAAUUGUUUACCAGACCAACUUCAGACUUGGUCAAGUAUACAUAUCAGAGUGAUGAUCCUUUUUUUUGGGGGGGGGGGGGCAGAGCUGCCAACCAGUACGUUUUUGGCGUGUUUAGUAUGUUUUUGCAACCAAAAUAUGACAGUACGUUUUUUCUUUAAAAAAUAUGAUUUUGUAAAAAAAAAAAAGGUGAAAAAAAAACACAAUAUGGUUAUUGGAUCAAUGUAAUUUCAGGUUACUUGUUUUUUUUUUCAAUCAUUUUGUUAAAACCAGUGCUCAUUAUAGCUUGCCUGCAGCUUGGGCGCCGCGAUGAGCGUGCGCACAAUGUAUUUUAUUAUGAAAUACAGUUUUUUGGGGGAAAAUUCAGUUUUUUUAAUCACAGAAUACAAUUUUUUCAUUCCCAGAGGUUGGCAGGUCUGGGGGGGGGGGGGGGGUGUCAUGGUUAUGGGUCAUUAUGAUUGGGUAUCUAAAGAACCAAAAUGCAUGCUAAGCAAUAAACUAUUUUCAGUAGGACUUAUUCACACUAUUAUUCUAUAGCUUGGUUUGUACAAUGGCAAUAAACCCAAAUAAUGUAGAAUGAUGAAAGUUCUGAAGUGCAAUUCUUCCAUUCAUAAAGCAUUUGUAGGCCACUGCUUUUUCAAUGGUAAGCAGUUUUACUCAUUCUUCAACAAUUAUUUGGACCAAUGGAUAAAUGAUUCCAAAUUAGUGAUAUGAGACCUUAGUAGUUCUAUUGCCUCUUGGUGCUUUGUGCUUUUUUUUCUUAUUUAUAAAACCUUUGCUUCGUCCAAGGUAUUGGCAAAUGUGAUUCUUAAUACCAUCUUCUAAAAAAAAAUUGUUAAUGUCAAAUGAUAAUGUAUUAUCUUUCAAACAAAACAAGUGCUCUAAUAUUAUGUGCUUUUGAAUACCAUAUGUGGUCUUUCAUGGUGAAUUAAUUGAAUCAGUGUAAUUAUUCAGUUCAUGUGAUGCAACAGUUACUUACUUCACCAAAGCUAAGCCUGAGUCAUAUCGAUUAUUUUGAAAACCGGUGUUCGACAGCUUUAAUUCGAUCGAACAUCGAUGAAUCGAAUUUUGAAGGCGCGGCGGGGAAAAUCGAGUCAAUAUUUUUUUUGCUCCGGCGCCGUCGCGUCGAUGCAAUAUAUGCACGCAUUGCAUGCACUGACGGUAUGCGCUGGCUGGGUACCGGGUGAGCGUUGCACAAGCAGAUGACAGAGCAAAGUUCGUUUGUAUUUUCCAUGAUCACAAAACACAAAAAAGCCGGGACCAAUGCAGAAUUCUUCCCAAAAUAUCAUCAACAAUUAUAUUUGCAGAUGACAAUGUAUAAGUUUAAAAUGAAACAAUAUCAAAGACAUGAAUCACGCAGAGUCGAUCCGAACGAUUUUCGGUCAACUAGCAUUCGCGGUCCAGACUCGCACACACCACCCCCGCCCGCAGCCCCGGCCAGCGCCAGCAAAAAAGUGCAACCAGCGGGAGCACUGUAACUUGCCUUAGAUUGUGUAGUUAGAUCCAAAAUGAGCUCCAAAUUGACGGGAAUAAAUACGUAAUUUUCUCUGGAUGGUCAUUUGAAUUGGUAUUCAAUGCUGAUAUAACGAUUGUGAGGAAAGAUUGUGGAAUAUGAGUAAUGACGAUGUUCGAUAAUUAAUCCUGAUAUGAUAAUCCAUAUUUUUUAAAUUUUAGACACGUCAAGACAAGAGCAUGCAAUCGAAAUAAAUAUGUCUCGGAUCGAGCACUAAAUUCAUAUGAAUUAUUAUUGGAUGUUAAAUAAUUACGAUUUAAUAAGAUUUUAUGGCCAUAUUAAAGAUAAUGACAAUGUCAGCAAAGCAUGUCAUUUUAUAGUAUUUAAUAUACUGGCAUUAUUUUUUAUUUUAAUUCCAUCUCUGGCCUGGACGUCUCCGGAGCUAGCUAGCUAGCUCCGAGAAAAAGAAGCACAAUGCGCAUGCGCGUUCGUUGACGUAGGACAUAUUUUCCAUUAAUGAAAAUCAGAGCUCGAAGUUGGGCACAAAUUAGCUUCAAAUUGAUGGAAAAAAAAUAUCACGCAAUUUACUCUGUUUUGUCAUGUUACAUGAUUUAAAAUUUUAUUAUAUGGAGAUAUUACGAUCUUGAAAAAGUUUCUGCAUGUUGACAAUUAUGUUCGAGAAUCAAUCCUGACGUGAUAAUUUUUUUUUGACAAGUGUUCUCGCUCAAGUCGAUCGUCAUGUGAUGUCCGUCAUUGAAAAUUGAAACGAAAUACAAACGUUUCACAUCAAGCUCUAAAUUCAUAUUAAUGAUUAUCAUAUGCAAAUUAUUGUCAAAUAUUACGAUUAAAUAAUGUUCUAUGGUCAUGAUAUUAAUAUUGUUCAUGAUAGCAAGGUUUAUUUUAUGUUGAUUGCGUCAAUUUUCCGGCCAUUUUCUGUUUUGAUUAAAGCACAGUACAGCGCAUGCGCUGCACAAUCGAUGAUUUCCAUUCAUGAAUUCAUCGUGCAUAAAUUAUCUCGGCAUGCACGAGCAGACGAGUAAGACUCGAACUAUGAUCGAAAUAAACUUCAAAUUAAUGGUGAAUAGGCAUCAUAAUUACACAAUCGGUUUCAUUUUGGGGGGAAUACAAAUCAAGUAAGUAGUACUAGUAGUCAAGUUGGACAUUUCUGUUUAUUUUGAUGAUUGAUUGUGUGAAUCAAACGAAUCUGCCGGCCGAUGUAUUUUUUUUCUUUUUUUUUUCGAUGCACCGAUUUUGCAAAAUCUGCACCGGCGCUCGAUGACAUCGAUCGAACACCGAUUUUAAAAUCGAUUCGACUCAGGCUUAUUGGCUAUUGAUAAAAAAAACAAUUUCUUUCACCAGUUUGAAUAGCAGAUCUUGAGCUUCAAAGUGUUGAGUCAUAACUCACCACCAUCUACUUACACCAUAUAAUAAUUUGAUGGAACAUUCAAUUUCAGGGGGAUAUUCAAAGCUCAAAGAGAAGAAAAAAUUAUCUUCAAGAAAUUCUUGUAUCCAGUGUUUGGUUGUAUUUCUCAGCUUCACAUUUUAAGGGAAAGUAGAGGAAGAGUUCCUCCUUCAAAUCAACAUAUUUCUGAAUUUUUACAAACUUAAAAAACAUCCAAAAAUGAUAUGUCUAUUCUCGUGAAGCCUGUGCUUUCAUCUAGGUGGUCCCAAAUGUCGAUAUAUUAAAUCAUUAUGCAAU